GGGCUCAACCAUCCAUCCUAACACCUGCAAUAUAUUGUUACUCCGCCCACGGGUCUCCCUAAGCCACGCCCACGGGCCCGCCCUUCCCACCAAGCCCCACACUCUUCCCAAGACCCCGCCCCCAAAGGCCCGUCAGCCUUCCGGUCGCACCUCACACCUCCGCCCAGCCCAGCGGGCCCGGCCUCUUCACUGGCUUCCGCACGCCAAGCGGGUCCCGAGUCGGGAUCCCGCGCGCGGCGGCGCGAGGAACGGAGGAAGGCCUGAGGCUGUGCCCCUGGAGCCGCGCCACCAACACAUGCGAGAAUCGUCCUUGGAGAAGAUGGAAGGGGAGAAGCGGCCGGCGCCCUACGAGGGCCUGUUUGCGGACGGGCACCUGAUCCUGUGGACUCUGUGCUCGGUGCUGCUGCCGGUGUUCAUCACCUUCUGGUGCAGCCUUCAGCGGUCGCGCCGGCAGCUGCACCGCAGGGACAUCUUCCGGAAGAGCAAGCACGGGUGGCGCGACACGGACCUGUUCAGCCAUCCCACCUACUGCUGCGUGUGCGCGCAGCACAUCCUGCAGGGCGCCUUCUGCGACUGCUGCGGGCUGCGCGUGGACGAGGGCUGCCUCAAGAAGGCCGACAAGCGCUUCCAGUGCAAGGAGAUCAUGCUCAAGAGUGACAGCAAGGCCCUGGACGCCAUGCAGCACCACUGGAUCCGGGGCAACGUCCCCCUGUGCAGUUACUGCGUGGUUUGCAAGCAGCAGUGCGGCAGUCAACCCAAGCUCUGCGACUACAGGUGCAUUUGGUGUCAGAAAACAGUACAUGAUGAAUGCAUGAAAAACAGCUUAAAGAAUGAAAAGUGUGAUUUUGGUGAAUUCAAAAACCUCAUCAUUCCACCAGGUUAUUUAACCUCUAUUAAUCAGAUGCGUAAAGACAGAAAAACGGAUUAUGCAAUGCUAGCCUCGAAGCUUGGAAAACAAUGGACUCCGUUAAUAAUCCUGGCCAACUCUCGCAGUGGAACUAACAUGGGAGAAGGGCUGUUGGGAGAAUUUAGGAUCCUCCUAAAUCCAGUCCAGGUUUUUGAUGUAACUAAAACUCCCCCUGUCAAAGCGCUGCAACUUUGUACUCUUCUUCCCUAUUACUCAGCUCGAGUACUUGUUUGUGGUGGGGAUGGGACUGUGGGCUGGGUCCUGGAUGCAGUUGAUGAAAUGAAGAUUAAGGGACAAGAGAAGUACAUUCCACAGGUUGCAGUCUUGCCUCUGGGAACAGGCAACGAUCUGUCCAAUACCUUGGGCUGGGGUACAGGUUACGCAGGAGAAAUCCCAGUCGCACAAGUCUUAAGAAAUGUGAUGGAAGCAGAUGGAAUUAAAUUAGACAGAUGGAAAGUUCAAGUAACAAAUAAAGGCUACUACAACUUAAGAAAACCCAAGGAAUUCACAAUGAACAACUAUUUUUCUGUUGGACCUGAUGCUCUUAUGGCUCUCAAUUUUCACGCUCAUCGUGAGAAGGCACCAUCUCUGUUUUCUAGCAGAAUUCUUAAUAAGGCUGUGUACUUAUUUUAUGGAACCAAAGAUUGCUUAGUGCAAGAAUGUAAAGAUUUGAAUAAAAAAGUUGAGCUAGAACUGGAUGGUGAGCGAGUAGAGCUGCCGAAUUUGGAAGGUAUUAUAGUUCUGAACAUUGGCUACUGGGGCGGUGGCUGCAGACUGUGGGAAGGGAUGGGAGACGAGACUUACCCUCUUGCCAGGCACGAUGAUGGUUUACUCGAAGUCGUUGGAGUAUAUGGGUCUUUCCACUGUGCUCAGAUUCAAGUGAAACUGGCAAAUCCUUUUCGAAUAGGACAAGCACACACGGUGCGGCUGAUACUGAAGUGCUCGAUGAUGCCAAUGCAGGUAGAUGGGGAGCCGUGGGCCCAAGGGCCCUGCACUGUCACCAUAACCCACAAGACACAUGCACUGAUGUUAUAUUUCUCUGGAGAGCAAACAGAUGAUGACAUCUCUAGUACUUCGGAUCCAGAGGACACGAAGGAAACUGAGUAGAUGGAUGAGGAAGUGAGAGCUUAGUACAGAAUCCUCACAAAUGAGUAGAUGCAUAUUCCUCCAUAAUAGAACUUCUCUGUCAUCUAGUUUAGUCUUCAUUUCAUCAGUAGUAUAAUGGGUAUACAUUUAUGUAAAUAGCAUUCCAAAAACAGCCAGACUUCAGUUGUUUUCAGAUGCCUGGUCUUUUUUCAGCAAAUGCUUUGGUCAUAUAGCACUAACUGUUAAAAGUCCCAGAACAUCCCAAGAAGGCUUUAUGUCUGAGUAGGUGCACUGGAGUCUGCGCUCUCGUUCCUUAUUCUUGAACCACACAGUUGAUGGACACAUACAUCCGACAAGACGUGGAUGGAGGAAAAAUCAUUUCCAUCUUAAUUGAUAAUGUGGUGACACCAUAACAUUUAAAAAAUGACUUGUUUUUUUGAAAGGAGAUGGUGGUGUCAGACGGCAUGGUUCGUGCUGGCCGUCCUCUGCAGCUGCCUCUUAAUAAGGUCUUCUCCAGCCCAGCACCAAAUGGGUCCCUAAGUGUCUAAUUCCAGGAACCCUAAAAGGAGAAGUGUAAAAGAAAGACAGUAUUUAAAUUUUUUAUUUUAAGUUUCAUUUUAGGAGCAUUUUCCAUCCCCUAGUGUUGUUUGAUUACCUCUGUUACUGAUCAAGUUGAACCAAAAUUCAGCAUCUUGUUUAUAUCCCACUAUAGCCAAAAGCAAACCACAUAGGUGAAUUGUAAAAGUUAACAUUCAGAGCACUUUUGGAUUGAAAGUUACAGGUUUCGAGCUGGAUGGUUCAGCAACUUCCCUUUUGAGUAAAAGACAAUGUCAACAAUUCAAAAAAAUGUCCUAAAGAAAAUUUACUAGUCAGAUUAAUUGCUCAAAAAAGUUCAGUAUUGAUUGAUAAGUUUUUAAAAUGUAGUGGUCUUGUAGUAUUUUGAAAUAGAGUAGUCUUUUAUAUCCAAAGUACUUAACAGAAUUUCCCCUCGGGGAAGUGGACAGAAUCAUCUGCUAAAAUGUUUAUAUCUUAUUUAUUUUAAAAUGAGAGAUAUAUUUUUUUUACUUAUUUAUUUUCUUCGUUGUGGUUACCUGUGUUUAGUGUUUACAAUAUAUUGUUUUAUUUGGUAAAUUGAUCGCAUAAAUUCUGUUACUCACAAUCAGAUAGACAUGCAGUCCAUUGAUUAAUAAUUAAAAUGUGUAAUUUAAUUAUCCUGGCAGUAUAUUAUUGAGAUAUUCUCAUUCUUCAGAAAUAUUCCUCUGUUUUUAAAAACAGAAGGGGAUUUAAAGCACUGGCAAACUACUUUUGGGUAGCUGAAGUUGUUUCAGUGUUUUAUCUGACCCUCAAUUCCCAAAAACGUACCGCAGGGCUGAUUCAUGGUUCGCCUGGGAGCCGGCUCCCCUCCUGCUCGCCACCCUGCUCCCCAGGUCUGCAGCUGGGCCUCCCUGGGGGGCCUCCAGCCUGGGGUUUUUAUGACAAAUGGCCCACUUGUGAGCUUGGUGGUCUUUAAUGACACUAACCUCUGAAAGAUUAGAAAGUAUCCUGCAGGACGCCAUUGGCUCCUCUAAAGGAUUUGUUAUGAAUCUGCCAUCUAUUAUAAAGCGCCAUAAACUUAAGUUUCAGUCACCUUCGGGCUCAGGCCGUAUUUUGAAGGAACAACUAAGUAGAGUAUACAGCAGUCAGUGCACUAUAUAGAAUAUUUUUAUUUUGCUUAAAUUAACCUCUUCCAGAUCUCAGUGGGAGAAGCUCAGUUCUAGUACUGAAAGAUUUUGUGAGCAGAUCUGUUUUCACCUUGUUGAUACACCUCUCACAGUAGGUUACCUGUUGAGGUGGAGGGAGAGUUUGUAGAUUUUCUUUCAUGGGCUGAUCAUGUUUUGAGUAUAAUGAGUUUCAUUCUUUAAUUCAUGGUCAGAAUUGUUACAGGCAUCACAUUUUACAAAUACACUGUUAAUUCAUUUUGCUUAGGCUAUAUUUUAUCUAUAAUUCAUAGUGCUAAUUAUACAAUCAAAGUAAAUAGUUAAUAUGGGAUAUCAAAAUAACUGUGUAGUUUUUUUAAUUGUUAAAACUGUACUCUAACCGUAAUGUUGGAUUUAGAACAGGUUUUUUUAAAAAAAAAUGUUUAUAUACAACACUCAUUUAUUUAAAAACAAAUUGUUUUUUCAAUUUUCAUAAUCCAGUGAAGUUUUCUCCCUAUUUGACACUUCAUGAAGUUUUUCUUACCUUAUUCACUCAUUCAGAUUUAAUUUUGAUUAGGAAAGUUAUUUCAGAAUACCAUAUCAUAAAACAUACUAUCUUAUUUUAGAAAAACCCACUAACUUUUUAGGCACAUUUACCCAGCAUUUCAAAUAAAUGUAGAGGCAUGUGCCUUGUUUUAAGUAAGUACAAUUUACAAGACUAAUGUUUGCAAGUUACAUAUUAGGAUAGCCAUUGUUGACAUUACCAGGGAUUCUGCACUUUACAAAAAAUAAUUUGCCACAGGAUGUUUCUGUUCCAUUUUAAACUGUCUUGAUUUUUUAAAAAAUAAUAACUUCUACAUUCUCAGGAAGAAAUAUAUGAAGUAAAGCACGUCUCCAUGUCUGUUUUCAGACUUCUCCCAUCUUUUGCUGUCCUAAUACAUUCCUGACUCCUCACAAGCCUAGUAUCUUAAAUACUGAGUACCUGGCAGCUCUUAUGGGUCCCAUAAGUAGAUGGUGAUAAUUUUCAGUGCUUUGUUAUGUUUAAUAGAAAUCAAAACUGACAUGUUUUUAAAUACAAGUUGUCUGAUGGUAAGAUUACAUGAUCUGAAAUGUGUCUUAGGUUUUCUGCAACAAUUUAGCUGUGAACCCUUAAUGUAGCUAAUGUUUAUAAAACUUUUAUGGUCAAAAUUAUUUAUUUUUAUUUUUUUAGGAUGUGUCAGAAACGUGUAGUAUUUGCUUUUUGAAACAUGUUUGCCUACUUAGAGCUAGAAAAUGUACUGUGACUCAGAAAUUGUAAUCAGUCCUUUUUGCACUGUAAAAAUGAAUAUUACCAGCAUGUCAAAAGAAAAACAGCGUGCAUUUGUAAUAUAAGGUAAAAUUGUAUUUAAUGUACAGUAUGGAAUUUAAAAUUUGCACUAUCUAGGAAGCUCUAAAGGUUAUAUUAAUUUACAGAUUCAUGUGGAUCCAAAUAUGUCAUUUGUAUGUAUUCAGCUGAAAAGGUCAAAAGGUUUUUUCCCUCGAAAUGAUAAUAUUGAAACACGAACCAGCAAUUUAUAUUCAGACUUUUUUUAAUUCUGCCUAAUUUGGGACAAUGAAACAUAGAUUUAUUUUUUAAAAAAUCUAGAAAUGUAAAAAGAAAAAGUAGUGUUGUUACUCUAUCCCAAUCUGAAUGAAGAUGUAUGCUCAGAGACAAGACAGAAGAGGUUGUUUUGGUUUUACUUUUUAAAAGUAUGCCCCUGCCUUCUGCAAAUUUUCCCUUCAAGGCUUAUCUCCUGUUUCUCAAAGUAUGAUCUGCAGUCUGUCUGCAGCAGCAGAAUCCCCUGGGGAGCUGGUUGGCAGUGUGGACACCUAAGCCCAACAACCAACCCUUGACUUGGUGAAUGCAUAUCUCUGGAGAUGGACGUAGACAUGUCUGGCUUUGUUAACAGGCACCUCAGGCAUUUCUGACGCACACUGAAAUUUUAAAAUUACUGCUCUGUACCUCAUGCAUUCACCCAGGGCUUUUGCCAAGUAAACGCCAUGCAGAAAAUUUGAGUUAAUUGGAUAUUCUUAAAAUUGUCUUUCCUUUACUCCACUAACUGCCCUCUUCCCCACAAAUCUGUCUUGUAAAGGAACACUGUGAAAAAACUUGUUCAUAUCCUAUCCAGUUGAUAAACUCUAUUACAUGAAAAUUGAUAGCCUCAGAUUUUUAUGUGGAACUGUAGGUUUUAGACUGUGAUCCAUGCAGUCUUGGAGGACAAACAGUGCUUCAGGGGCCAGUGGGGGACCCCUGGGGCUCCUGCUUUCUCCCUAUGCUGGAGUGCUGCUUCAGGUCAGAUUUCAGUAGAUAAACCACUUCCUUUUAAAAAAAAAAAGUCUUCACUAUUUUUUUUUUUUCAGAGUUUGGAAGCCACUAUAAUGACUGUCACCCGAUUAAUUUUCUACUAGUUUUUACAUACUCAGAGACCUCAUGUUUUUUUGUAAAAAGAAUAUUUUGGAUGUCUCAGUUGCUGCUUGGAAUGUGGCCACUGGGCUAUUUCACAAACUUUAAAGGCAUUUUGUUGAACGGUAAAGCACUGACAGCCUCUGUUCCUUGUAUUUCUAAUUGUAGUAUAGAAAUGGUUAUAUUUAAUUUUAGUUGUGUAAAUACACACACUCUCACACACACACACACACACUUACAACCCCCACAUGUGUAGCCACCACAUGAGAGUCACAGGUCUCAAAAAGGCUCACUCUAAGGUUCCGGGGAAAGAACCAAAAAAUGUCACCCUCUGGUACAGAAGUUCACAAAACAAAUGAUUGACUUGGUCAUUUACAGAAAUAUCUGCAGAAAAUAAGUCAGCUAGAAACUAUAAACUUAAAUGCACUGCUGAUUCCAGACCUGGGAUAUUUCCUCAGUCUCUGAAAGAUGCCCUGGGCUACCAGUGUUAAAGUGUCGAAGCAGAAUGCACUUCCUAUAAUGUAGGAAAUCUGCAUUGUGUGUUCCUUUCUGAUGGCUGACACGGAAUGUUGAAGAGAACUGGAACAUUAGGUCGCUGUGUCUGUUCCUGUAACAUUGUCCAGGCAAAGGGGCAUGCUGAUCCGAUGAGGAGGUCGGGCUACCUGAGCAAUUCCCAGAGUAAGGAAGGGCGCUUUGUGUGUUGUUGGGUGAUAAUGGCUCAUAAGGACAUUUGUCAUUUUCCUGGUCGGGGCUCUGCCCGCAGUCUUUCAAAUUUGAUCUGCUUGAAUGAGCCCGGCAGAUGAAUUGGCUCCAGUCUUAAUCCUGUUGUAUGCAAGUUUAGAGCAGCCGGAUCCCUGGGCCUGGUCACGUGCACAUGAACUGGCUGAAGCGGGUCUGCGAACUCGCGGUGUCAAGGACGCUUGUGACGGCUCCACCUGAGCAGCCAGCUGGCCUCGUGCACCUUCUCCCGCCGUGGCCACCAUACCCUGUCCCUACACUUCACUUCCCUGUGUCAGUUGCUUUUGUUGUGUUGAGUCUGUGUUGCUGUGGUCAAUGCCUACAGACAGAGAAAUGUGAAUUAAAGCAUUUGAUAUGUUGAAGAUGUUUGCUUGUUUUUAAUAAAAUUUAAAAUGCAGCACUUGGAAA